AUGCAAGUCUUCCUCUGCAGGGACUUGGGCCCGCAGGCAGCUUGUCCGUCACCGAGCAGCCGAACUGGCGUCAUUCACCCCGUCUGCAAAUGCGGCCAAUCCAUCCUCCGCUCAACGCCUGUCGAUCUCGUGUCGAUUGGUGGACCACCCAGAGAGCAGAGCAGCACACCCUCCGCGAGGACACUACGCGGUCUUGCAGAUGCUUCGCAUGUCUGGGCGACUUUUAAGCUGGCCGCCGCCCCGGGGCAAACGAGCAACCACCCCUCGGCCAACGAAUGGCAGGGCAAACCUCUGUACCGCGGCGGUUCGACUAGAGUUCACGACCACACCCUGCUCGUGGAUAGUGGCCACUCGUUCAAUCCUUCUCCAUCCCCAAGGAAGAUGGAAGAAAUCAUCUCUACAUUCAAGUACGUGCCAAGGACGCCCGCCCUCGGGGAUGCACUGCCCAUUGAUCAACCCGACCGGUUGAGCAGUUCGUUCAGUAGCGUUCCCUUCAGUCUCGACCUCGUGGAUCCCCGCAUUAUAGGGGUUCAUCCUGUGCAAGGCUCAAAGUCCAAGUGUACACCACUACUCCGUAUGGGAGUGUACCCGAGACAUCGCCCCACAUGCACCGCUCAAUCGCUGCCGUUGGCACCGCAAAAGCCCGGCACGGGGGUGGCAAUGGACAUCCCGUCUUGGGCCGCUUUUAGUGUACCCAACAAGAUUCCCGCGCUGGGCGUCGAGGGUCUGCUGCCCAAUGACACCUCAAAAUGUGCCUUUUGA